GUUCACAACAGCUUUAAUGGAAAUUCCAGUCACUUCAUGUGGCCAGAAUGCACCGCUGGCAGAGGUGCAAAUGAAAUUUCUAAAAACAAUUCCGUAUGGAGUAAAACAUCCUGAUAGGUAUGGUGGACAAAACAAAAAUAGGACUGUUAUGUCUAUUUUCCAGUAUGCAAUUUUAUUGCAUAGUACUGUCGAAAUAAUAGAUCAUAAGUUCUUGAUUCCAGGUCAUACGCAUUUAGAGUGCGUCGUAGACCAUUCUGUGAUCGAAAGAGCCAAGAAAAUAUCCUCUAAGGAGAUUCACGUGCCAAGAGAAUGAUAUCAACUUGUAAGAAAUGCUAGCAAGGAAGGAACAUUUACUGUUUAUCCGAUGAAAAACGAACAUUUUUUUCUUUUUUCAAAUAUUUAUGCCAAAGGACCCCUGCAAAAUAAAGCAAACUUUAAGUUGAUAAAUGCGAACUGGGUAAGAUACAUGAAAAAUAAUACUGGCAUAGUCAACUUCAAAAACACUUUACAGGAAAAGGAACCAUUCAAAGAAAUAACGUGUUUUAGAAAGGGCCAGAAAAUUAAUGCUUUGAAGGACUUUGUUCUUACUCCUUUGUGCGAUGGUCCUAGGACUAUAAGUCACAAAAAAAAACAAAAUAUUUUAGACGUUGUUGAAUUAUUAGAUAAAGACGCCCAAAAUUUUUAUACGGGGCUAAAAACAGACGAAAAAAUAGAAAAAGACACUGACCCAGAUAUUGACAGAUAUUUUCCGAUGAAGAUUCAAAUUAAAUAAUUACUUUGGCUAUCUGCAAUGUAAUACACUCAAAAGAUGCUUAUUUUUCAUUACUGUUUAUAAGUUUUGUUCAUAUAAAAUACUUUCCAAAAUAAAA